ACCUGGGCUUUAUCUCCCCCAGCUGCGGGGACUCUGCAGCCCCUGGGCCACUUACAGCAGGCCAGUGCGGAGCUGUAGCAGGCCUGAUUCAGCCUCGGCAGCUGCUGGGAGCAUGGCCUAGGCAUGGCCACGCCUCGCACAGCUGAGUCUCCUAAGGGACUUUGGAGAUACCUGCAGCCCCAUUCGCAGGGGAAGAUGGUUCCCGCCAGGCUUGCGAGGGUGCUGCUUGCUCUGGCGCUCACUUUGCCAGGGACCCUUUGUGCGGAAGGGACUCGCGGCAAGUCGUCGAUGGCCCGGUGCAGCCUCUUUGGAGAUGACUUCGUCAGCACCUUUGACGGGAGCAUGUACAGCUUUGCGGGACACUGCAGUUACUUCCUGGCAGGGGACUGCGAGGGACACUCCUUCUCACUCCUUGGGGACUUCCUAAACGGCAAGAGAGUGGGCCUCUCUGUGUAUCUUGGGGAGUUUUUUGACAUCCAUUUGUUUGUCAAUGGUACGGUGCUGCAGGGGGACCAAAGCAUCUCCAUGCCCUAUGCCUCCAAAGGGCUGUAUCUGGAAACGGAGGCCGGCUACUACAAGCUGUCCAGCGAGGCCCAUGGCUUUGUGGCCAGGAUCGAUGGCAGCGGCAACUUUCAAGUCCUGCUGUCGCAUAGACACUUCAACAAGACCUGUGGGCUGUGCGGCAACUUUAACAUCUUUGCUGAAGAUGACUUUAGGACCCAAGAAGGGACCUUGACCUCGGACCCCUACGACUUUGCCAACUCGUGGGCGCUGAGCGAUGGGGAGCAGCGGUGCAAGCGGGCGCCCCCGCCCCUCGGCCUGUGCAACGCCUCCUCUGGGGAAACGCAGCAGGGCCUGUGGGAGCAGUGCCAGCUCCUGAAGAGCACCUCGGCGUUUGCCCGCUGCCACCCUGCGGUGGACCCCGAGCCCUUCGUGGCCCUGUGUGAGAAGACUCUGUGCACGUGCUCUCAGGGGCCCGAGUGCCUGUGCCCCGCCUUCCUGGAGUAUGCCCGGGCCUGUGCCCAGGAGGGAGUGGUGCCGUACGGCUGGACCCACCACAGCAUGUGCCGCCCGGCAUGCCCUGCUGGCAUGGAGUAUAAGGAGUGUGUGUCCCCUUGCACCAGGACCUGCCAGAGCCUGCACAUCAAUGAAGCGUGUCAGGAGCAGUGCGUGGACGGCUGCAGCUGCCCUGAGGGACAGCUCCUGGAUGAAGGCCGCUGCGUGGAGAGUGCGGAGUGUUCCUGCGUGCAUUCCGGGAAGCAUUACCCUCCCGGCGCCUCCGUCUCGCGAGACUGCAACACCUGCAUUUGCCGAAACAGCCAGUGGAUCUGCAGCAAUGAAGAAUGCCCGGGAGAGUGUCUCGUCACAGGCCAGUCCCACUUCAAGAGCUUCGACAACAGGCACUUCACCUUCAGUGGCAUCUGCCAGUACCUGCUGGCCCGGGACUGUGAGGACCACUCCUUCUCCAUCGUCAUUGAGACCGUGCAGUGUGCCGAUGACCCUGAUGCUGUCUGCACCCGCUCGGUCACCGUCCGGCUGCCUGCCCUGCACAACAGCCUCGUGAAGCUGAAGCAUGGGGGAGGAGUCGCCAUGGAUGGCCAGGACGUGCAGGUCCCCCUCCUGCAAGGUGACCUCCGCAUCCAGCACACGGUGAUGGGCUCCGUGCGCCUCAGCUACGGGGAGGACCUGGAGAUGGACUGGGACGGCCGAGGGAGGCUGCUGGUGAAGCUGUCGCCGGCCUACGCGGGGAAGACCUGCGGCCUGUGCGGGAAUUACAACGGCGACCAGGGCGACGACUUCCGCACGCCCGCCGGCCUGCCAGAGCCCCUGGUGGAGGACUUCGGGAACGCCUGGAAGCUGCACGGGGACUGCCGGGACCUGCAGAAGCAGCACAGCGACCCCUGCGCCCUCAACCCGCGCCUGACCAGGUUCGCCGAGGAGGCGUGCGCCGUGCUGACGUCCCCCGCGUUCGCCGCCUGCCACCGCGCCGUCAGCCCGCUGCCCUACCUGCGCAACUGCCGCUACGACGUGUGCGCCUGCUCCGACGGCAGGGAGUGCCUGUGCGACGCCGUGGCCAGCUAUGCCGCGGCCUGCGCCCGGAGGGGCGUGCGCGUCGCCUGGCGGGAGCCCGGCUUCUGUGCAAUGAGCUGCCCGCAGGGCCAGGUAUACCUGCAGUGUGGGACUCCCUGCAACCUGACCUGCCGCUCCCUCUCCUACCCGGAUGAGGAAUGCAACGAGGUCUGCCUGGAAGGCUGCUUCUGCCCCCCAGGGCUCUACCUGGACGAGAGAGGAGACUGUGUGCCCAAGGCCAGGUGCCCCUGUUACUACGAUGGUGAGAUCUUCCAGCCCGAAGACAUCUUCUCAGACCAUCACACCAUGUGCUACUGCGAGGACGGCGUCAUGCACUGCACCAUGAGCGGAGCCCCAGGGAGCCUGCUGCCGGACGCCACGCUCCGCAGCCCCCUGUCUCACCGCAGCAAAAGGAGCCUGUCCUGUCGGCCACCCAUGGUCAAGCUGGUGUGCCCCGCCGACAACCCACGGGCUGAAGGGCUGGAGUGCGCCAAGACAUGCCAGAACUACGACCUGGAGUGCAUGAGCGUGGGCUGCGUGUCUGGCUGCCUCUGCCCCCCAGGCAUGGUUCGGCAUGAAAACAGGUGUGUGGCCCUGGAAAGGUGUCCCUGCUUCCAUCAGGGCAAGGAGUACGCCCCGGGAGAAACGGUGACGAUGGACUGCAACACCUGUGUCUGUCGGGACCGGAAGUGGAACUGCACAGAGCACGUGUGCGACGGCACGUGCUCCGCCCUGGGCAUGGCCCACUACCUCACCUUCGACGGGCUCAAGUACAUGUUCCCCGGGGAGUGCCAGUACGUUCUGGCGCAGGAUUACUGCGGCAGUAACCCGGGGACCUUUCGGGUCCUGGUGGGGAAUGAGGGGUGCGGCUCCCCCUCGGUGAAAUGCAAGAAGCGGGUCACCAUCCUGGUGGCGGGAGGAGAGAUCGAGCUGUUCGAUGGGGAGGUGAACGUGAAGAGGCCCAUGGAGGAUGAGACUCACUUUGAGGUGGUGGAGUCCGGCCGCUACGUCAUCCUGCUGCUGGGCAAGGCACUCUCCGUGGUCUGGGACCGCCACCUGGCCAUCUCUGUGGUCCUGAAGCAGACAUACCAGGAGCAGGUGUGUGGCCUGUGUGGGAAUUUUGAUGGCGUCCAGAACAAUGACCUCACCAGCAGCAGCCUCCAAGUGGAGGAAGACCCCGUGGACUUCGGGAAUUCCUGGAAAGUGAGCGCGCAGUGUGCCGACACCAGGAAGGUGCCGCUGGACUUGUCCCUUGCCACCUGCCACAACAACCUCAUGAAGCAGACGAUGGUGGAUUCCUCCUGUAGAAUCCUCACCAGUGACGUUUUCCGGGACUGCAACAGGCUGGUGGACCCGGAGCCGUACCUGGACGUGUGCAUUUAUGACACCUGCUCCUGCGAGUCCAUCGGGGACUGUGCCUGCUUCUGCGACACCAUUGCUGCCUACGCCCACGUGUGUGCCCAGCACGGCCAGGUGGUGACCUGGAGGACGGCCACGUUGUGCCCCCAGAGCUGCGAGGAGAGGAAUCUCCGGGAGAACGGCUAUGAGUGCGAGUGGCGCUACAACAGCUGUGCGCCCGCCUGUCCUGUCACGUGCCAGCACCCCGAGCCGCUAGCGUGCCCCGUGCAGUGCGUGGAGGGCUGCCACGCACACUGCCCUCCAGGGAAAGUCCUGGAUGAGCUUUUGCAGACCUGCAUCAACCCCGAAGACUGCCCGGUGUGCGAGGUGGCUGGCCGGCGCUUAGCCUCAGGGAAGAAAGUCACGCUGAAUCCUGGUGACCCUGAGCACUGCCAGAUUUGCCACUGUGAUGGCGUCAACCUCACCUGUGAAGCCUGCCGGGAACCGGGAGGCCUGGAGGUGCCCCCAACGGAAGCCUCUGUGAGCCCCACCACCCCGUAUGUGGAGGACACCCCGGAGCCGCCCCUGCACGACUUCUACUGCAGCAAGCUGCUGGACCUGGUCUUCCUGCUGGACGGCUCGUCCAGGCUGUCCGAGGCGGAGUUUGGAGUGCUGAAGGCCUUCGUGGUGGGCAUGAUGGAGCGGCUGCACAUCUCCCAGAAGCGCGUCCGCGUGGCCGUGGUGGAGUACCACGAUGGCUCCCACUCCUACAUUGGGCUCACGGACCGGAAGCGGCCGUCGGAGCUGCGGCGCAUCACCAGCCAGGUCAGGUAUGCGGGCAGCCAGGUGGCCUCCACCAGCGAGGUCUUGAAGUACACGCUGUUCCAAAUCUUUAGCAAGAUCGACCGCCCCGAAGCCUCCCACAUCACCCUGCUCCUCACGGCCAGCCAGGAGCCCCCGAAGAUGGCCCGGAACUUGGUCCGCUACGUCCAGGGCCUGAAGAAGAAGAAGGUCAUCGUGAUCCCCGUGGGCAUUGGGCCCCACGCCAGCCUCAAGCAGAUCCGCCUCAUCGAGAAGCAGGCCCCCGAUAACAAGGCGUUCGUGCUCAGCAGCGUGGACGAGCUGGAGCAGUGGAGGGACGAGAUCGUCAGCUACCUCUGUGACCUUGCGCCUGCAGCUGCUCCCCCCACCACGCCCCCCAACACAGCACAGGUCACCGUGGGUCCUUCGCCGCCGGGACCGAAGAGAAACUCCAUGGUUCUGGAUGUGGCGUUCGUCCUGGAAGGCUCGGACAAAAUCGGGGAAGCCGACUUCAACAGGAGCAGGGAGUUCCUGGAGGAGGUGAUCCAGCGGAUGGACGUGGGCCAGGACGGCAUCCACGUGGCGGUGCUGCAGUACUCGUACGCGGUGACCGUGGAGUACCCCUUCAGCGAGGUGCAGUCCAAGGGCGACGUCCUACAGCGGGUGCGAGAGAUCCGCUUCCGGGGCGGCAACGGGACCAACACGGGGCUGGCCCUGCAGUACCUCUCUGAGCACAGCUUCUCUGCCAGCCUGGGGGACCGGGAGCAGGCGCCCAACCUGGUCUACAUGGUCACGGGCAGUCCCGCCUCUGAUGAGAUCAGGCGCCUGCCAGGAGACAUCCAGGUGGUGCCCAUCGGAGUGGGCCCGCGUGCCAGCGUGCAGGAGCUGGAGAGGAUCGGCUGGCCCAACGCCCCCAUCCUCAUCCAGGACUUUGAGUUGCUUCCCCGGGAGGCUCCCGAGCUGGUCCUAAAGGGCUGCUGCUCCGGAGAGGGGCUGCAGCUCCCCACCCUCUCCCCUGUCUCAGACUGCAGCCAGCCCCUGGAUGUGGUCCUCCUCCUGGAUGGCUCCUCCGGCUCUCCGGCUUCCUACUUUGAUGAGAUGAAGAGUUUUGCCAAGGCUUUCAUUUCAAAAGCCAAUAUAGGGCCUCAUCUUACUCAGGUGGCCGUGCUCCAGUACGGAAGCGUCGCCACCCCCGACGUGCCGUGGGCUGUGGCCCAGGACAAGGCCUACCUCCUGAGCCUGGUGGACAGCAUGCAGCGGUGGGGAGGCCACAGCCAAAUCGGCAAUGGUUUGGACGUCGCUGUGCGCUACAUCACUUCAGAAGUCCACGGUGCCAGGCCUGGAGUCUCCAAGGCCAUCGUCGUCCUGGUCGUGGGGGUCUCCACGGAUCCAGUGCAGGCGGCGGCUGAUGCUGCCAGAUCCAACCGAGUGACAGUGUUCCCCAUUGGAAUUGGGGACCACUAUGAUGCAGCCCAGCUGAGGGUCUUGGCAGGCCCAGGGGCCAGCUCCAACGUGGUGAAGCUCCAGCGGAUCGAAGACCUCCCAGCCAUGGUCACCUUGGGCAAUUCUUUCUUCCACAAACUGUGCUCCGAGUUCGUAAGAAUUUGCAUGGAUGAGGAUGGGAAUGAAAAGAGGCCUGGGGACGUCUGGACCCUGCCAGAUCAGUGCCACACUGUGACUUGCCAGCCAGAUGGCCAGACCUUGCUGCAGAAUCAUCGGGUCAACUGUGACCGGGGGCCGAGGCCUUCAUGUCCCAACAGCCAGUCCCCUGUUCGGGUGGAAGAGACGUGUGGCUGCCGCUGGACCUGCCCCUGCGUGUGCACAGGCAGCUCCACUCGGCACAUCGUGACCUUUGAUGGGCAGAAUUUCAAGCUGACUGGCAGCUGUUCUUACGUCCUAUUCCAAAACAAGGAGCAGGACCUGGAGGUGAUUCUCCACAAAGGCGCCUGCAGCUCUGGGGAGGAGCAGAGCUGCAUGAAGUCCAUUGAGGUGAAGCACAGCGGCCUCUCGGUGGAGCUCCACGACAACAUGGAGGUGACGGUGAAUGGGAGACUGGUGUCUGUCCCUUAUGAGGGUGGGAACAUGGAAGUCAGCAUCUAUGGUGCCGUCAUGCACGAGCUCAGAUUCAGCCGUCUCGGCCACAUCCUCACAUUCACGCCGCAAAACAAUGAGUUCCAGCUGCAGCUCAGCCCCAAGACCUUUGCUUCGAAGAUGUACGGUCUCUGUGGGAUCUGCGAUGAGAAUGGGGCCAAUGACUUCAUGCUGAGGGACGGCACAGUCACCUCGGACUGGAAAGCGCUUGUCCAGGAGUGGACCGUGCAGCAGCCGGGGCAGACGUGCCAGCCCGUUCCCGAGGAGCAGUGCCCUGUCCUCGACAGCUCCCGCUGCCAGGUCCUGCUGUCAGCCGUGUUCGCUGAGUGCCACCAGGUCCUGGCUCCAGCCACGUUCUAUGCCAUCUGCCAGCAGGACAGCUGCCGCCAGGAGCGAGUGUGUGACGUGAUCGCCUCUUAUGCCCACCUCUGCCGGACCAGUGGGGUCUGUGUCGACUGGAGGACAAGCAGUUUCUGUGCUAUGUCCUGCCCGCCGUCCCUGGUGUACAACCACUGUGAGCGCGGCUGUCCCCGGCACUGUGACGGCAACGCGAGCUCCUGCGGGGAACAUCCCUCGGAAGGCUGCUUCUGCCCGCCGGGCCAGGUCCUGCUGGAAGGCGGCUGUGUCCCCGAGGAGGCCUGCUCGCAGUGCGUGGGUGAGGACGGAGCACGGCACCAGUUCCUGGAAGCCUGGGUCCCGGCCCACCAGCCCUGCCAGCUCUGCACCUGCCUCAGCGGGCGCAAGGUCAACUGCACGGCGCAGCCCUGCCCCACGGCCAAAGCUCCCGCGUGUGGCCCGUGCGAGGUGGCCCGUCUCCGCCAGGACGCAGAGCAGUGCUGCCCCGACUACGAGUGUGUGUGUGACCUGGUGAGCUGCGACCCGCCCCCGGUGCCUCACUGUGAGGGUGGCCUCCAGCCAACGCUGGCCAAUCCCGGCGAGUGCAGACCCAGCUUCACCUGCGCCUGCAGGAAGGAGGAGUGCAAAAGGGAGCCCCCGCCCUCCUGCCCCCCACACCGGACGCCCACCCUUCGGGAGACCCAGUGCUGUGAUGAGUAUGAGUGCGCUUGCAACUGUGUCAACUCCACGGUGAGCUGUCCCCUCGGGUACCUGGCCUCAGCCACCACCAACGACUGUGGCUGCACCACAACCACCUGCCUUCCUGACAAGGUGUGUGUCCACCGAGGCACCAUCUACCCCGUGGGCCAGUUCUGGGAGGAGGGCUGCGACGUGUGCACCUGCACGGACAUGGAGGACGCUGUGAUGGGCCUGCGCGUGGCCCAGUGCUCCCAGAAGCCCUGCGAGGACAGCUGUCGGCCGGGCUUCACCUACGUCCUGCACGAAGGCGAGUGCUGUGGAAGGUGCCUGCCGUCUGCCUGCGAGGUGGUGACGGGCUCGCCCCGGGGCGACUUCCAGUCUUUCUGGAAGAGUGUCGGCUCCCAGUGGGCGUCCCCCGAGAACCCCUGCCUCAUCCACGAGUGCGUCCGAGUGAAGGAGGAGGUCUUCGUGCAGAGCAGGAACGUCUCCUGCCCCCAGCUGGACGUCCCCGUCUGCCCCCUGGGCUUCCAGCUGAGCUGUGGGACCUCAGGCUGCUGCCCCCACUGCCGCUGCGAGCCCGUGCAGGCCUGCAUGCUCAAUGGCACCACCAUCGGGCCCGGAAAGAGCGUGAUGGUCGACGUGUGCACAACCUGCCGCUGCGCCGUGCAGGGGGGGCCCACCCCUGGAUUCAAGCUGGAGUGCAGGAGGAGCACCUGCGAGGCCUGCCCCGUGGGUUACAAGGAAGAGAAGAACCCAGGUGAAUGCUGCGGAAGGUGUUUGCCUGUGGCUUGCACCAUUCGGCUAAGAGGAGGACAGAUGGUGACGCUGAAGCGUGACGAGACGCUGGAGGAUGGCUGCGAUAGUCACGUCUGCAGGGUCAACGAGAGGGGAGAGUACAUCUGGGAGAAGAGCAUCACCAACUGCCCACCCUUUGAUGAACACUCUUGUCUGGCUCAGGGAGGGAAAGUUAUGAAAAUUCCAGGCACCUGUUGUGACACAUGUGAGGAGCCCGAAUGCAGAGACGUCACUGCCAGGUUGCAGUCGGUCACGGUGGGAAGCUGUCGGUCUGAGGAGGAAGUAGACAUUUACUACUGCCAGGGCAAGUGUGCCAGCAAAGCCUUGUACUCCAUUGACACCAAGGACGUGCAGGACCAGUGCUCCUGCUGCUCCCCGACGCGGACGGAGCCCGUGCGAGUGCCCCUGCGCUGUGCCAACGGCUCCGUGGUGUACCACGAGGUCCUCAACGCCAUGCAGUGCAGGUGCUCCCCCAGGAAGUGCAGCCAGUGAGGCCCGCGCAGCCGCUGCCCGCCUCGGCCCAACCGGCCCGACUCGUCCUCUGCAUGUUCUGCUCUGUGCCCGCCCGGGCCCGCAAUAAAGGCCAGGCUCUCCUCUCGCAACAG